AUGGAUCCCCUUGAGGGAAUGGAUGAUUCCUCGACGGAUGAUGAUAAUACCUCUCAAACUACUGAGGACGACCCUCAAGUCCCGGAUCACAGUGCUCAAGCACCUCCGGCGCCAGCACCCCAACCGUCAACAUCGACCACAUCGUCUACAACGUCUACAAUACCAGCACGAGAACGACCACAAUACCAGCUCAAGCAUGUCAUUUCGGGUCACACAAUGUCAAUAUCUGCUGUCAAAUUUAGUCCGGAUGGAACGUUAUUAGCGUCUUGCGGAGCUGAAAACAUCGUCAAAAUUUGGAACCCAUUCACCGGCGAAUUGAUACGAAAUCUAUCUGGACAUACUGCUGGUCUUUCGGAUAUAUCUUGGUCCAACGAUAGCGUUUAUCUUGCUUCAGCAUCCGAUGAUACAACAGUUCGGAUAUGGGAAGUCGAUACCGGUGUUUGCCAUAAGCUGUUAAGAGGCCACACGAAAUGGGUGUUUUGUUUGAACUAUAACUCGACCGCUACGCUUUUGGUGUCUGGAGCGUGUGAUGGAGAUGUUAAGAUCUGGGAUACGAAAAGAGGAAAAUGCUUGAAGACCUUACACGCGCAUCUAGACUAUGUCACGGCAGUACACUUCAAUCGCGACUCGAGUCUCAUUGUCUCUUGCGCGUUGGAUGGGCUAAUCCGUAUCUGGAACACGACGAACGGACAAUGCCUCAAAACCCUCGCUGAAGGACAUGACGCCAUCUGUCAACAAGUACAGUUCUCACCGAAUUCCAAGUACAUUCUGUCUACCGCUCACGAUAGUGCCAUUCGGUUAUGGGACUAUCAAACUACGCGCUGUCUCAAAACCUAUACCGGGCACGUCAACGCCAAAUACUGCAUUUCGGCUUGUUUUAGUGUAACGGGAGGAAAAUGGAUCGUUGCUGGGAGCGAAGACCACAAAACAUACAUCUGGGAUCUACAAACACGCGAAGUUGUUCAAGUUUUAGAGGGGCACCAAGACGUCGUUGUAGCCGUGGCUACCCAUCCAGCAAGGAAUAUGAUUGCAACUGGUUCGAUUGACUCCGACCUGACCAUUCGGAUUUGGGAGGAUCAACGAAACUAA